AUGACAGAUUUGUCUUACCCCCUGCUUCACACGCAGUGGUCUGGCAUGCGAACGGAAAUUAACCCCGUGUGGUUUCAUGUUCAUGUCAACACCGGUUUUCGGAAUGAUGCCGAAUGGAAGACGCGGAUCAGAGAGAUAAAAGAAACUGCCAACCGACUAGGAGUCUCUUUGCUAGAAAAAACACAGGAUACCAUCGAUAAGUCAAGCCUCCGUGGCUUCGAUUAUGAGGAUGACAAGAAACUCAAAGGAUACUUUGAGUCUGAGCUGCUCUCGGGUCGGAACCUGAUCAGUGAUCCUACACAUCAGGCUGAACAGUCACCAGAACCACAAAGCAAUGACAACCAAACCUUAACACGAAACUCAUCUCCUGAAGCAGCAAUUGGGCAAGAAAUUGAAUGUCUUGUCUCUAGCAAUGGCAAGAUAUGUGCCUGGUGUCACAAAGAAGGAGCAGCUUGUUUAGAAGGCAAAGGGCAGUCUUCGGAUGUCAUGGAUUUGGACCCUGUAUCUGCCAAAGGAAGUCUGUCUACAAGUUGUUCGCCAGAAAUUAUUCAGGAAUGUGUGCCUCUCAUCCACAACGAGAACGAGCGUCUUCCUGGAGUUUGUUCAGCCGAAGAUAUACCGCGUCUAUUGUUUAGGUGGUCGAAUGUUGACUCCCAAGGUAUCAAUUCUCGGGCCGGAUUUCGAGCGGGCCUUUUCGCAAAGGGGGACCCGACGCAUAUUGAUCUUGAUCAACUCACCCGAGAAGAAUUUCUCAAACUAUUUAAAAAGCAUGUCACCAAAACGAAGGUGCCGUCGCCUUUCAUUUCGACGUUUACCCUUCCACUUUCACCAGUCCACAGAGCCCUUCACAACCAAAAAGGAGCGAUUGUCACCAUAAUUGACUCAUCAAAGCUUGAGAGCAUGGUUGUAAAGGCUCAGAUACUGGUACCUCUGACAGAAACAGAGACUAAAAGAUGGAAAGGAUACGGAGAAUACCUGAUUUGGCGGGAAAUCCCUAAGGCUGCAAUCGCAUGCGUCUUCACCAUAAACCAAUUGAAAUCAAUCGCCAGAAGAUUUACAGACAUCGGCAAAUUCCUCCAGCUGAAGCUCAUCAGAAGCCGAAGAUUUAGCGGCAUGUACUUGUACUGUGAACUCGCUCGCAAGUUGAAGCACACAACUAAUCAUUGUCGGACCCUGGAAAGACUGGUGACGCGCCUAGGCGUACCACUUGAGUACAGGGCCCUCACCAUCAACAGGUUUGAAUUAGCCUGGACGAGGAGAUUUGGUGAUAAUCUCAAUAUUGAGCUCGCCGAAGAUAGGGCAUCUGGUGAUGCAAUAGAAAUCGAGGAUGAUGUUGAAAUGGCAAACGAAGAGAUUUGGACUCGUCAUCGAUCCGACUAUAAGGGGGAGGAACAGUCUGGCGCAUCGACAUAUGUACCUUCGCAGACUGACCUGGACCACAGCUCUGAGAGCGAAGAACAGCAACAGGAAGAGAACGACUCUGCUUCCCCAGAGGCCCCUGCGCGCCGUCGUGACACGUCUAGUCCACCUUUCUCGACCCGAGAUUCCGCUGAUGAUGAGCCCUGGAAUUUUCAUCAGGAUUUGAGGAAGAAGGAAUGCCCUCUGAGAAAGAAGAAAUGA